ACUGCACUUUCCCGCCUUUCGGAGCACCUGAGGCACGCGUGAGGCUACGGUGUAUGUACAGGGUCCUGUAUAGUAUAUAUAGUCUACACUGACACCGUGACCAUUGCGGCUUGUAGUAGGUAUUGUGUUCAUGGCCCCUGGAAGGAAGUCAGCAAAAGCUGCUAAAACAGUGCAAGAUGAAAAAGUGCUCUCUUAUAAUUUUCAAGACCCAGAACAAAAAUCACCUAGUGGGUCAGAUGAAGACAUCACAGAAGAAAAGACUACAGUUAUAGAUAAGCAUGGAAAAAAACGUCCUGCACCAGCGACUGAUCAAGAAACAGAUGAAGAUCACAUGGGAGGAGAAGUGCAGAACAUGUUGGAAAGAUUUGGAGCUGAUAUUAGCAAAGCUCUUUUAGCAAAACGGAAGAGGUUGGAAAUGUACACAAAAGCAUCUCUGAAAACCAGUAACCAGAAGAUUGAACAUGUUUGGAAAACACAACAGGAUCAGAGGCAAAAGAUGAGUGAUGAAUAUUCCCAGCAGUUUGUGACAUUGUUUCAGCAAUGGGAAGUUGAUAUACAAAAAUCAGAAGAGCAAGAAGAGAAGAUAACGAACAUGUUCCGUCAGCAGCAGAAGCUUUUUCAACAGGCCAGAAUAGUUCAAAAUCAAAGACUGAAAUCAAUCAAGCAACUAUAUGAACAGUUCUUGAAGAGCAUGCAUGAACUAGAAAAGAACCAUGAAACCCUCUUAACCAGUGCUCAAAAUGAACUAAGGAAGGAAAUGGCUAUGCUACAAAAGAAAAUAUUGAUGGACACUCAACAGCAAGAGAUGGCAAGUGUUCGAAAGUCUCUUCAGUCAAUGUUAUUCUGAUGGGUCCCUGAAGGAAUAACUUGUACCUAUGUAACAUAUAAUUAAAUUAUUAUCCAUCAAAACAAAGUUACAUUUCAGCCUAUAAUUUUAUAAAGUUCAUAAAUUAGUUUUUUUCUGUUUUUUCUAAAUAGUGCAAAGUUAAACAAAACACAAAUAUUCUGUUAUAAACCUUUUGAUGUUUUCUUGAAUACAGUACAUGCUGUAACAAAAUUUAAAUUAGAAUGUAUGUUUAAUAGGUUUUUAAAUAGUGUAAGUGAAGGAUGUACACAAUUUAUUUGCAUAUAUUGUCCCAAAAAUUCACUUUACUAUAUACAUAAACUGCUUUGAUCGCUUUGAACAUUUAGGAGUGGCCAUGACAAUUUUUUUUUAGAGUAGUGCGUGUCUCGGUUAAACAAUGAACUUUAAGAGCAAGCAGUAAAAUACAUUUUGAACAAAGAUUUGUGAAAAUAAGUGUUUUCUUAGAAAACAUAUUGGCAAAAAGCUUUUAUACUACAGGUUGCCUAUAUAUUAUUUUUCCUUUUUUAGUACAUAAUGAAGACUGUAGCUUCCAAAGAUGUCACUACCAAAAAACAGAAGUAUUUUAACUAGCUCUCUUAUGUGUGCAAAAUUUUAAACAAACACAAUUACCCAUAUAAAGUAAAACAUUUAUUAAACAUAAAAAUUAUUUCAAUGAAAUUAUUUUUUUUCUUUUUUUAAGUGAAAAUAAAUUAUUCAGCUCCAACGAGCCCGCUAGUAUGACUAAAUACCACAUGGUUAUUUGUAUCAUAAAAUAUUAUUCCAAGUUUAACAAUACUGUACAUUUGUAUGGCACAUAUUAGUCACAAAAUUAUGAAGAUAAUUAACAAUCAAUAACAAAAAGGUAUGUUUUGUCCGGUUUGUCUUUCACCUCAUUUAUGGAAAUUUUCAAAAUAAAACUUUCAACAGCUCA